GUUAGGACAGGUAUAUGUCUUUUCAUUUGAUUACAGGUAUGAGCAGUCCUUCAGCUCCAUCUACUGGACACUUGUAGAUAUUUCCUGGUGUUAGUUAUUUGUUUAAUAAAGUUAGUUAUUGACCUCUGAUGUCAUAACUCCAGGUCACAGGAAGUAGGUGUUUCCAGCCUGUGCAGUUCAUCUCAUGUGCUUUCAGCUUUCUCCAUGCUAAACAGGCCCUAUGCAGCAUUGUUGGCAAAGAUGUACAAUGACCCAGGGUUUGCUCAGACGUUCCAGACCUUUGGUGACAACAAGCCAGAGAAAUACCGCUACAAGAACACCCCUCAGAGAAGUUCCAUCAGGGUGCACAAGACUGAAGUAUCUCAAGCUACAGGAAACUCUUCUGCUUUCACUGAUGCCCAGACCAUGGACUUAACUAAAGGAUGUCCGAUUCAUCACAAACCUCAUCCUCUGUACAAAUGCCGAGGCUUCAGAGGUAAGCCCCUUGAUGAGAGAAAGACUUUCUUAAAACAAAACAAUAUUUGUUACCGUUGCUGUGCCUCAAAUGCACACCUUUCGAAAGACUGUGACAAAUCAGUUAGCUGCACAGAGUGCAACAGUGACAGACAUGUGUCUGCUCUUCAUCCUGGUCCUGCACCAUGGUCAGUCAGGCCUCUAGAAAGGAGUGAUCAUGGCGGGGAGGGAAAGGACAACAGUGCAGAGGCUACAGUAACUGCAACAUGUACUGAAGUGUGUGGAGGAGAUCUUCGAGACAGAUCAUGCUCUAAAAUCUGCUUAGUCAGUGUCUAUCCUACCGGACAAAAGGACAGGGCAAUCAAACUUUAUGCUAUUCUAGAUGACCAAAGUAAUAGGUCCCUGGUCAGGUCAGAGUUCUUUGAAAUCUUCGGUUCAAAAGGCCAGCAGUUUCCAUAUUCUCUCAGAACCUGUGCAGGGGUGAUUAACACUUCAGGAAGAAGAGCGCAAGGGUUUGAACUACAGUCUCUGGAUGGCAAAGCCACAAUCCCAUUACCCACACUCAUUGAAUGUAAUGAGAUACCAAAUGACAGGACGGAGAUCCCAACCCCAGAGGUGGCUCUUCAUCACAAACAUCUAAAGUCACUUGCUAGUGAGAUACCCAAACUUGAUCCAUCAGCAUCUAUCCUUAUGCUGUUAGGAAGGGACAUAAUUAGGGUCCAUAAAGUGAGGCAACAGAUCAACGGACCACAUAACGCUCCCUAUGCACACAGAUUAGACACAGGAUGGGUCAUAGUGGGCAAUGUAUGCCUGAAAGGAGUCCAUAGACCAGACUUAGUACACUGUCUUUACACCAGAACCUCAGAAGAGAGCUGCAGAUCCCUCUUUCCACCUUGUCCAUACUUCUACAAUGUGAGGGAAAACUAUGACAUGAAUGUAUGUGUAACUAUGCAAUCCUCAGUGUCUAUGUACAAAUCCUCUUGCAAAGAGUUUGAGGAUCAUGUAAGCCACAGUAUCUUUCAGAGAACUACAGAAGAUGAGACGGUUGCUUGCCUUUAUGAAAACGAUGAAGGAGGGUUUCUACAGAGCAGAAGACAGUAG